AUGAAGUUCCUAACCUGGAAUGUCAGGGGCUGCAAUGCCGCUGACAAGAGACGUCUGAUCAAAAGAGGUUUUGAUCAGGCUAAGCUAAAAGUUAUUUGCAUUCAGGAAACAAAGUUGGGUCGUGAUGCAGCUGCUUGUAUUUUUGGGGUAAGGCAGAGGUGGUCUGGAGCUUUUGUGGAUUCAGAAGGGGCAUCAGGUGGGCUUGACAUUUUGUGGAAUCCAUUGGCUAUUCAAGUGGAUGUUGUUUCAUGUUCUAAACAUUGGCAGAUGGUAAAGGUGAAUUUGAAGACCAUGAAUUUUUCUUGUUUUCUUUUUAAUGUCUAUGGGACGACUUUGGCUGUGGAUAAGUGCAGAUUAUGGGAGGAUAUCUCUAAGCGUUUAGAGGAAGUGAGGCCGUCUUUAGCUAUUGUUGUUGGGGACUUCAAUGCCACCCUUUCUUUCUCAGAUAAAUGUGGAGGGGUGAGGAGGUUGUGCAGGUCGCAAUCAGACUUCCAAUCUUUUGUUAAUGCUAAUGCUCUGUUUGAAGUGGCAGCUAAAGGUGGGAUCUUUACAUGGACUAACAGACGAAGGGGAUUUUCCAAUAUUGUUGAGAAACUUGAUAGAUUCUUCCUUGCAAGGGAUUGGAAUUUAGCCCCUUUGGUUUUUGAGGCUGAGGUUUUAGCUAUUUCAGGUUCGGAUCAUUUCCCGGUCUCCUUGGUUGUGCAGAAAGAUGAAGUACCAAUUCGGUGUCCCUUCAAGGUGGAAAAGAUGUGGAUAAGGGAAUCGAGUUUUAGAGAUUGUGUAGUUGGGUGGUGGAAGGAGGCCCCAGUGGUGGAAGGUUUCUUAACCUUUCAGUUUUUCAAGAAGCUUAGCUUUGUGAAACAGAAAUUAAAAUAUUGGAAUAGGGAGGUGUUUGGCAAUAUCUUUGAUGAAAAGAGAAGGCUUGAAGGAGAUUUGGGGGCUUUGAAUGCGAAAGUCUUGGUGGAAGGGAUGGAUGAAGUGGACUUCCUCACGGAGAAAGAUCUGCUUAGCAAAUAUGGAGAAUUUUUACAGAGGGAGGAGAUUUGUUGGAAACAGAAGUUGCGAGAACACUGGCUUAAAGCUGGAGAUAGAAACACAAAAUUCUUCCACAGUUCAGUGAAAGCAAGGUGA